CUGUGACUGCUGUGACUAGUGCGCAGACUCGCGGCUCUCUGCUGUCAGGGCACGGCACUCUGUGACAGUAUGGCGGCGGGGUGCAGCUGGAAGGAUGCUACUGUCGCCCGUGAUGUGGCCGUUGCCGGCAGGACGUAAAUGGACGUUUGACGGUAGAAAGAGCAGAGUUUACAGCGAGAGAGGCCCGUCGCCGUGAGCUCCAAAGAUGGCCAGGCUCGCGGACUACUUUGUGGUUGUCGGCUACGACCUAGAAAAGCGAGUGGAGGGUGAAGGUCAAGGCUGCAUUCUUCAACGGUUUCCUGAGAAAGACUGGGAGGACAGUCCGUUCCCACAGGGCGUCGAGCUGUUCUGUCAGCCCAGUGGUUGGCAGCUGGUCCCUGAGCGUCAGCCCGCCUCCUUCUUUGUCGCGGUGUUGACGGACAUCAACUCGGAGCGUCACUACUGCGCCUGCUUCACCUUUUGGGAGAGUUUGGACAAUCCACAGCUGCAGAAAUCUGAAGGUGAAGCGGACGAGGCUGACGAGGAGCCGUCGGUCGUUCAAACAGCCAAAGUCUUCGCUCCUAAAAGCCUGGUUCUGGUUUCCAAACUGGACUACACCGAAGUCUUCAGGAACUGUUUGGGUCUGGUUUACACCAUCUACAUCGAUGGUCUGAGCGUUCACCUGGAGACGGUGAUUGGAAACCUUCUCACCUGUGUCAUCCCCAUCGCUGGAGGCUCCCAGACAGAUGAGGCUCCAGUUUGUAGUUUAGACACGGUUCCUCAGGUUCUGUCCUGUGAUUGGCUGCUGGCCUGUCUCCAGCCAGGUCAAGAGGAGAGGGAGGAGAGAUUGAGAACAAUAACAUUAGGUGCCGGCGACAGGCAGGUGAUCCAGACUCCCAUCGAUGACUCACUUCCUGUCAGUGGCAGCAGCGUGGCCCAGCUCUUCAGGCAGCUCGGUAUAGUCAACGUCCUGUAUCUGUUCUGCGCCGCUCUGACGGAACAUAAGAUCCUCUUCUUGUCCAGCAGCUACCAGAGACUGACGGACGCCUGCCGCGGCCUGCUGGCCAUCAUGUUCCCCCUCAAAUACAGCUUCACCUACAUCCCCAUCCUACCAGGGAAACUGUUGGAGGUCCUGAGCACCCCCACCCCCUUCAUCAUCGGCGUCAACUCUUUUUUCCGCUCAGAAACUCAAGAACUGCUGGACGUCAUCAUUGCCGACCUGGACGGUGGUACGGUGACCAUCCCCGAGUGCGUCCACAUCUCCCUGCUGCCUGAACCUCUCCUUCAACAGACCCAGACCAUGCUGUCCAUGGUCCUGGACCCUGAGCUUGAAAUCUCUGACCAUGCGUUCCCUCCACCGUCCACACAACCAUCUGCACUCAAGAUUCAGGAUAAGGAGGUCCGGGGCGUCUUCCUGUGGCUGUUCGCUCGUCUCUUCCAGGGUUACCGCUGGUGUCUCCACAUCAUCCGCAUUCACCCAGAACCAGUGAUCCGCUUCCACAAGGCUGCCUUCCUGGGCCAGAGGGCGCUGGCGGAGGACGACUUCCUCAUCAAGGUGCUGGACGGCAUGGCGUUCGCAGGUUUCGUGUCAGAGCGGGGGCCUCCGUACAGGAGCACCGACCUGUUUGAUGACCUGGUAGCCAAUCAGGUGGAGCGGAUACGGCAGGAGGAGACCAAUCCUCACAAAGUCAUGAACCACGUCAAGGAGUUGGCAGAGCUGCUCUUCAAAAACGAGAACCCGUACCCCGCCGUGGCCAUGCACAAAGUCCAGCGGCCGUCGGACAAGAAGCAGAACGGUGCUCAAGCUCCGGUUUGCUUCCCGGUGUUGGACGAAGUUGCCGUGCAGCUGUGCAUCGACCACGCCGCGGCCAAGAUGAAGAACGCUCCACCUGUGGUCAAGGCGGAGGUCAAGAGCAUGGUGCCGUCUGGGCCGUCACUGGUCGACAGGGUGGACAGGAACGGUGGUAUGUUGGCCAACAGCGCCCGCCGGCUGGAGGUGGUGAGGAACUGCAUCACCUACAUCUUUGAGAACAAGAUGCUGGAGGCGAAGAAGCUGAUGCCGGCCGUACUGCGGGCGCUGAAGGGUCGAGCGGCGCGGGUUUGUCUGACCCAGGAGCUCAAUCAGCACGUCCUGCAGAAUCGAGCCGUGCUGGACGACCAGCAGUUUGAUUACGUCGUCCGGAUGAUGAACUGCACUUUACAGGACUGUUCCCACAUGGAUGAACACGGUAUUGCAGCUGCCCUGCUUCCAUUAGUCACGGCCUUCUGCAGAAAACUGGGAGCAGGAAUCACUCAGUUCGCCUACAGCUGCGUGCAGGAGCACAUGGUUUGGACCAACAUGCAGUUCUGGGAGGCCAUGUUCUACAGUGAUGUCCAGAACCACAUCAAGGCUCUGUACCUGGAGGCCGAUGAUGGGGGCGGGGCCCGGGUCUCGGAGCAGCAGGAAGGAGCAGGCGACACCAGGGAGGUCGGUGCCCUGGAGCUAGCCUCGGAGCAGAACAGACUGUGGCCCACGCUGAGUAAGGAAAUGCAGAUGGAGCGCGUGCAGAAGGAGGAGAGCACGGUGUUCAGUCAGGCCAUCCACUACGCCAACAGGAUGAGUUACCUGCUGCUGCCGCUGGACACCAGCAAGAACCGGCUGCUGCGGAACACGGGCCUGGGAGACGUGGAGAGCGUGAGCAACAGCUACGUUACCAACAGUAUUGCAGGCAGUAUGGCGGAGAGCUACGACACGGAGAGCGGCUUCGAGGACGCAGAGAGCUCUGACGUGGCCAACUCCGUGGUUCGCUUCAUCAACCGCUUCGUGGACAAAGUGUGCAACGAGAGCGGCGUGACCAACGAGCACCUGAAGGCUCUGCACACCAUGAUACCAGGUGUGUGUGCUGGAUCCUUCAGCGUCUUCUUCUCUGUUACUGGAUGAUCAAAAACCCUCCGUGUUUUCCUGCAGCCCAAACUGCUGAGGCCGACUCUGUUGUUGGGAGAGGAGCUGGUGAUGGACGGCAUGAGGGUCCACCUGGUCCCCGACGGCCGCGAGGAGGCCACGGGGCUGAUGGGAGGUCCUCCCCUGCUGCCCGCCGAGGGGGCCAUCUUCCUCACCACGUAUCGACUCAUCUUUAAGGGCACGCCCUCUGACCCACUCGCUGACCCGGUUGUGUGGUUGCAGCUCAUGAAGAUUGCGUUCGAUGAGGAGGUGGCCUCCGACCUGGCUGAGGUUUUCAGGAAACAUCUGCACAAACUGCGUUAUCCACAGCACGUCCAGGGAACGUUCGCCUUCACUGUGGGUCAGAGCGGCAAGAUGGUGGUGGAGGCCAAGGCCAAGGACAAGAACCAGUCGCUGAGGACACUGUCCAAACACCUGGUGAAGACGGCCAAGAGGACCAUCGGUCGACAGUACGUCAGCGGCAGGAAGAAGUACAACCCCCCCACCUGGGAGAACAGGAGCAGCUUCCAGUCUGAGCUGGACGAGGAUGAGAUCUCAGUCUCAGAGGAGGUGGAGCCUCAGAGCUCCCUCACUCUCUCCUCCACCAUUCGCUCGUCCGACAGACAGACCAUGAGCAACGUGGUGGAGCGAGCCUGUUGCCGUGACUACCAGCGUCUGGGCCUGGGUACGCUCAGCAGCAGCCUGACCCGCUCAAAGAACGAGCCCUUCAGGAUCUCCACCGUCAACCGCAUGUACACCGUCUGCAGGAGUUACCCCGGCCUGCUGAUUGUGCCUCAGAACAUUCCAGACACGACGCUCCAGAGAAUCUGCCGCUGCUACCGACAGAAUCGGUUCCCGGUGGUCUGUUGGAGGAACCCCAGGACCAAGGCCGUCCUGCUGCGGUCCGCAGGCCUCCACGCCAAAGGUGUCGUGGGCUUCUUCAAGUCCUCCAACGCCCCCACUGCAGUGCCGUCCCAGGCUGAGUCCACCAGUCUGGAGCAGGAGAAGUACCUGCAGGCCAUCAUCAGCUCCAUGCCCUCCUACAGCGAGAGCAGCGGCAGGAACACGCUGAGCGGCUUCAGCUCCACGCACAUGAACACGUCAGACUCGUCAGAUAAACUCCGACAGCCAAAGAUCGGCGCUCUGAUGAAGCAGGUGAUGGGAACCAGAGACGACGUCCCCGGGACCUUCAGCAGAGGAGCUCUGGGUCAAAGGGCGAAAGUCGUCUCCCUCUCUCAGCCCAGGGCCAGGAAUUCUACGAGAGGGAAGUGGGGCAGUAUUCGAGGCACCGGGCGUCUUAGUGCCUACAACCCAGAUGUUGGGACACGUCUGGCUGGUAAAGAGUCUCCGCAGCUGAACGGCGGCCCCAGUGAGGCGCUGUUCUUCCGCCAGCAGAGGGCCUACCUCUACAUCAUUGGAGAUAAGGCCCAGUUGAAGGGGGGGAAGCAGGACUCGUUCCAGCAGUGGGAGGUUCUUCCCAUCGAGGUUUGUGACGUGCGUCAAGUGAAGAACAGCUUCAAGAAGCUGAUGAAGGCCUGCGUCCCCAGUUCUCCCCUCCUAGAUCCCAGCACCAGUUUCCUGCGCUGCCUGGAGGAGUCGGAGUGGAUGGUUCUGCUGCACAAGGUUCUGCAGGUGUCCGUCCUGGUGGUGGAGCUCCUGGACUCUGGCUCCUCGGUCAUGGUCAGCCUGGAGGACGGCUGGGACGUCACCACGCAGGUGGUCUCUCUGGUCCAGCUGCUCUCCGAUCCGUACUAUCGAACCUUCGACGGGUUCCGGCUGCUGGUAGAGAAGGAGUGGCUGUCGUUCGGCCACAGGUUCAGCCACCGCGGCGCUCAGACUCUGGCCAGUCAGAGCAGCGGCUUCACCCCCGUCUUCCUGCAGUUCCUGGACUGCGUCCACCAGAUCCACCUCCAGUUCCCCAUGGAGUUUGAGUUCAGUCAGUAUUACCUGAAGUUCCUGGGAUACCACUACGUGUCCAACCGCUUCCGCACGUUUCUGCUGGACUCUGAUUACGAACGCAUCGAACUGGGUGUCCUUUAUGAAGAGAAGGGUGAGAGGAGAAGUCCUCAGGUGUGUAAGUCUGUGUGGGACUACAUCGACAGACUCAACAAGAAGACACCGAUCUUCUACAACUACAUGUUUGCUCCUGAGGACGACGAGGUUCUACGACCGUACACCUUCAUCUCCAACCUGAAGGUCUGGGACUUCUACAUGGAGGAGAGACUGUCGGAGGGGCCGUCCUACGACUGGGAGGUCAGGGGUCACGAGCGGGUGGCAGAGGAGACCCCGGAGAAACCCGACAGCAGCGGACCAAAGUCGCAGCGCAGCUUCGUCUGGCCGUGUUACCAGAACCUGGACAAGGUGGUGCCUGACGCCAUCACCAAGCUGCUGCAGGACCUGCAGAGGCUGGAGACGGAGCUGGGACAGACGUCGGAGAAGUGGAAGGACACCUGGGAUAAGAUGAAGACCACGCAGAAGACGGAGACCAAACUAGAGAGCAAGCCCUCGUUCUCCGGCUCCCUGCUGAUGUCGUCCAAACUGAGCCACCAGCGGCGUUCUCAGGGCGUCUACCUGCAGGACAGCGGUGUCGGACCCUCCAUCAACCUGGCUCUGGACUGUGAGGCCAGCGCCACCUCCACCCCCGUCCCCGGGCGUCCCAGCACCAGCACCCUCUACAGCCAGUUCCAGAGCACGGAGAGCGAGAACAGGAGUUUUGAAGGAAUCCUCUACAAGAGGGGGGCGCUGUUGAAACCAUGGAGGCCGCGGUGGUUCGUCCUGGACAAAACCAAACAUCAGCUUCGAUACUACGAGAGCCGACAGGACAAGGAGUGUAAGGGUGCCAUCGACCUGGCGGAGGUGGAGUCGGUCACUCCAGGGACCCCCACCAUGGGGGCGCCCAAGAACAUAGAGGAGAAAGCCUUCUUUGACCUGAAGACGACCAAACGCGUCUAUAACUUCUGCGCCCAGGACAGUCUGAACGCUCAGCUGUGGAUAGACAGCGUUCAGAGCUGCUUGUCCGACGCCUAGGUGACGGGACGGAGCGGUGACGGACAGCUGCGGCUGGGCGGGACUGAGCAGUGCUGACGGACCAAUCCCAGCGACCCAGGACGAGGGCGGGGCCUUUCAUCAUUUAAGCUUGACUGUGUUUCCCAGUGCUGAACGAAAAACCUCCAGUGUUUUUGUUAUAAAAAAGAGAAAAAAAAACCAAAAAAAAA